UACACUUCGAGGAACAAAAAUGGCGGCAACCAGUGACGAACAGAUGGAAUCUCUGCUCUCUGGUUUCGAUCAAAUAUACGAGGACUUCAAAGCUGGUUUAACAGAGAUCCAAUCGCUGAAAUCGAACUUUACUGCCGAAGUUAAGAGGCGAGAAGCUCUUGAAAUCACUUGCAACAGUCUGAAACUAGAUAAUGAGCGUUUGACAAAGAUGUAUACCGAGUCCUUAAGCAAAGUAGCCGAUCAGCUUGAACACCGUUCCAAGUGUCAAAGCUUGAAGAAGGAGCUGAAGAAACUGAAUGAUGAAUAUCUCAGCAAAGAAGAUGAACAUCAGAGGGCAAUGCAAUUUCUUAAACAAGAGCAUGCUGCAAAGUAUGGAGAUCUAGAGAGUCAGAUAAGAUGUUUUCUGCAACAACAAGCGGAAAAUGAAGCAAUGAUCAAACACCUCCAGAGAGACUUAACUGCACAUAAGACCCAUAUACAAACCCUAACCAACAAGCUGGAACAGGUUCAAUCUGAUAUGGAAUUGAAAUAUCAUAACGAGAUUCAGGAUUUGAAAGACUGGGCCCUGGUUGAACAGGAAGAGAAAAAUGAUCUGAAUAAGAAGCUCCAAAAUGCAGAAAAGGAAUUGAUUAUUAGCAGAGCAAAGCUGGUAGAAAAGCAUCAAGACUCAACUUUGAACCAUCAUAUCGAAACACUGAAGCAAAAAGUUAUGAAACUAAGGAAGGAGAAUGAGGUCUUAAAAAGGAAAUUACUUGUCUCUGAAGAGGGUUAAUGGGUUUCCAUUUCAAUGUCUUGCUUGUAGGCCGGGUGACUUCUAGCCUAGCAGUAUCCCAAGAUCUGAGGUCAUGUGAUUUUGUUUUUUCAUUAGUUAACUGAAAAUUUUCAUUGUCAUCUUGUAAGCUUUGACCUGAGAUAAAUGAAUCAGAAUCUCUUCAAGCUUAAGGGGAUGUUCUCAAUGUAAAUGGCUUUUUUUUUUCAAAAAGAACUAAAGAAGUUAAGAAGU